AUGGGAAGGCCACCUUGCUGUGAUAAAUCCAAUGUGAAAAGGGGCCUUUGGACUCCCGAGGAGGAUGCUAAGCUACUCGCUUAUGUCUCCAAUCAAGGCACUGGCAAUUGGACUCUGGUUCCUAAGAAAGCUGGGUUAAACAGAUGCGGUAAGAGCUGUAGGCUUAGAUGGACUAACUAUCUAAGACCUGAUCUCAAGCAUCAUAGCUUCACACCCCAAGAGGAAGAGCUUAUUAUUAACCUUCAUCAAGCUAUAGGAAGCAGGUGGUCUUUGAUUGCGAGGAGACUCCCUGGGAGAACAGACAAUGAUGUGAAGAACCACUGGAACACAAAGCUGAGGAAGAAGCUUAUGAAGAUGGGAAUUGACCCAGUGACCCAUAAGCCUGUGUCUCAAGUCCUUUCAGAUUUGGGAACUAUUAGUUGCCUCUCAACUAUAACAACCGAAACACAAGCUCCGAACAACAACUUAAUGGUCUCUAAUCAUCAACUAGAUCAAGAGGUGCAGUCACAAUUCAUAAACCCAGAGAAUAAUGUCCAGUCACAUCAUAAUGAAGCUCCCCCUUCAUGUCCAUCACCCUCCUCAUCUUCUUCAUCUAAUAUCACACAACUAAGCUCACCUCCUCAGGUUAUUACAACUGCUGCUGCUGCUGUUCCUCCUCCUCCUCCUCCUCCUUGUUCAUCGUUUGAUUGGAGCGAGUUUCUUCUGAGUGACCCGCUCAUGUGCACCGAGUUUCAACAGCAGAACCAGUACGACGUGCAUGGGAUUUUGUCGUCGUUGAGUCCCUCAGUUAUGAUGCAGAAUCAAACUCAAGUUUCGAAUAAUAUCGCAAGCGAUGAGGAUUCAGGAAUCUUGGCUUAUGAGGAAAGCAUGGAGCGCCAAGUUUGUGAUACGCAAUAUUGUGAAGGAACUUCAUCUUCUUCGGGGGACGACUCAUUCGUGGAUGCUAUUUUGAACAGGGAUAGUGAGAUUAGGGCAGCAUUUCCUCUACUCCUAGACGGAUCCACUGAUUACUAG